AUGUCUAAUCCAGAAACGACCAGCCUUCUACAUAGAAGGGACACCGCACUAUGGAUAGAAGCUAUCCAGGCGCACAAUGCCGGCGUGAAGCAUGGCUCUGCUAGCAAGAAAUUCAUUCACCUCGACAAGCUCCAAAAUCAUACAGUGGAUGCCAACACUCUGAUUUCUGUGGCUCAUGAGGUAUACAAAGGCUUAGAUAAAAAGCGCGGCCGAUUUGCCACAUGCCUUGUGUCCAUAUGGCACUUACUACACAGACACGCAAAGUCGAUCGAUGUCUUCAUCCAAUCUAGGCCCGAACUUACGAGUCUAAUAUGGGGCUCUAUCGCUGAAGAGGAGGAGCGGGCGUGCUGCAUCGCCGGGGAAGGUAUCCUAGAGAUCCUUCGCCAUCUUGGGCGGUGGGAGCAAGCAGCAGCCAUUUCAGAUCUUCUCAGCUCUGAGCCUGUGCAGAGGGCAAUUGUGAUUUUGUACACAAAAGUUUUGGACUUUCUAGUCUCUGCGACACUGUGGUUGAAAAGAAGCAAGUUGUCGAAGAUUGGCGCUACGAUCCUAAGCGCAAAGGGAGAAAAAUUCGACACGAAAUUGAAGAAUCUGCGUGAGGCAUCAGAGUUCGUCGAUACGGAGAUCCAAACUCGAUACUUGACUCUGCUCCAAACAGUCAACGUCGAUGUGCAGAGUACAAUGAACAAGCUUGAUCAGGGUAUUGCACAAGCUCAGCAGCUCUCUAAUACAUCACAGCUAAGGGAGGUAAAAGAGUGGCUUCUGAAAGCGACCAUCAAGGCGCCUCUUCCAGGUGUCCGAGUAAAAGGCACCUGUCAAUGGUUGCUCGAGCAUCCUAUUUUUAUCCAGUGGCACUCUCAACAAACUUCGCCCACUCUAUGGGUCGAAGGGCUACCAGGCCGUGGGAAGUCCGUCACAGCUGCCUUUCUUCGGCAGUAUUUGAGUAAUAACGAAGAAAGAGUUGCAUUUUAUGCUUUCCAUCGAUCUAGCUCGGUUGAACAGUCGACCCCUUCCUUGGCUCUUGCUUCUCUUAUGGCACAACUUCUUGAAACAUCUGGCGAGGUAGAGCCAAGAAUUAUCACUGCACUCGCCAAACUUUCAAGCCAGUUCCCUCUAGGGCCGGUUCAAUGCCCCUUUGACCAAAUCGAACCAGCUGCAGUGCUCAUUUUCAACUCUGAAAAAGGCUUUAGCAUCGUCUUGGAUGCAGUAGAUGAGUGUACUGUUGAACACCCGUCAUCUCAUCCGGGAGCUCUGCAGCUGUUCCAAUUCUUUGACAAGGUAUUAUCAACGGCUGAUAGAAAGAUCGCCGUAUUUUCGAGACCGGAUCCCCGAUUCCAGAGCAUUAUCCGAUCUUGCAUAACCAUUCAGUUGUCAGGCGAGCUACUACUACCCGACGUUAUGAGCUUUUCAGAAGCAGAGUAUCGAAAAUUGGAUUUACCAGACACGGAAAUACCUGCUGUUAUGGAUUGCAUUCGCUCUACAUCACAAGGGUCUUUCUGGUGGACGAGACUGUUUUUGGAACACUUGCACGGGGCACUGGACAUGCCUGCAUUCUGUGAUCGAUUGUGCUCGCCUGUGCCAUCAAUUCACCAGUACUACUUGCAUAUUUUACAGGAAAGGUCCAGAGACUUAGACAAGAGUCAACAGGACCGUCAGAUAUCAAUUUUGGCACUGACAUUUCAUGCCCAGAGAGUGCUUACCGUUGAUGAGCUGGCCGAUGCAGUAUCAAUCUGGCCCAAACGGGCGAGCGAAAUCAUAUCCCAGUUAUGUCAGCCGCUUAUUUCGACUUUGGAAGAUGUUGUUCAGUUCUCCCAUCCAACGGUCAGGGAGUUCUUCGAAUCUUCCAGUAGCUACAUUGAGGACCUACAAUUCCGUAAUAACACCUCUCGCUCUCAUAGCAUUGCAGUAGAAAAGUCUCUCCUGGUGCUCCUAAGAAGAAAGUAUGCCGAUACGAAUAGCAUUGAGUGGUACUUGAACUGGAACAUGGACCAAUCGAAACGUUCAACGGAACUGUUGCCUCAUACGAAUGACGGUUUCUACGACUAUGCAGCAAGGUAUUGGCAUGUACAUCUAUGCAAGAUCAAGACACCAAGCGAGUCUACGUUGCAGAUCCUGAAAGAAUUUUUGGUGAGUUUACAGUACGCACACUGGAGCCAAUACAGCGCUGCUGCCAUUGGCCAUAUGAUAGGAGUCAUUGGACCACUGGACCAAAUAAAACUAUGGGCAAAGGAGCUCCCAGCCCAUCAGCAAGAUUUUCUAAACAUUGAAAAUUCCUACUCACUCUCUUACAUGAGACUUAUAGAGGCAUAUGGCAGCUUGAAACCAAUGAACCAGUGCCUUGCUCGGCUUAGCAUUUGCGGCCACCUACUAAACCUGGGACAGGUCGAAGAGCAAGCCGAGCUUCGUACAAUGGUUUCGACUACUUUACGUAGUCAACUGCCCAUCGACCACCCUAUUUCUCUGAGAAAUAGAGCGGACCUUGCAUAUUCGAUGUUUCUUUGUGGGAAACUACGUGAUGCCCGCGCAAUAUACUCUGGACUUGUUGAAGUAUACCACGGUGCUUAUGGGGACGAGGACGUCCGCUUUACCGAAGCGCUACAUUAUCGUGGCGAAAGCGAAUACCUUAUGGCAGAAUUUGGCUUGGCUUUUGUAACAUUGACAAAAUCUGUAAUGGGAUUUAUGAAAGCACGAGGCCCGGACAGUUGGUCUUACAUUGCUGCCAAUCUAUGGUAUGGGCGGAACCUCGCGCACCUGGGAAAGAUUGAAGCUGCCAUUAAGAUAUGGGGCGAUAGUUUGCAGAAACGGCUUGAGGAUCAUGGAAUCCAUGAUGGAUUGACAACUAGGAUUCGUAUUGGCCUGGCCGACUUACUGAGGUUCACAUGCCGAACGGACGAGGCUAUCAUCCAUCUUCAAAAGACUCUUCGAAUCCUCAGGGCCUCCCGUCCACUUACAGAUAUCUCAAGAUUAGAUGCGGAGAUUCUCCUGGCGAAAGCAUACAAGGAAAGCAAGAUGAGCAGUGCUGCAUGGGCAAUUGUUUACGAACUAGAAAACGAUGGGUGCCUCAAGUCCCAUUUCAAACGAUCCUGCCAAGUAGAGCAUCUCAAAGGUCUUCUUUUGGACAUGGACGGGUUCUUGGAUGAUGCCAUUAUGACACUCUCAAAUGCUUUGAUUAAACUGGAUCGAGAUCAGAAUAACCUGGCAUUAUUAUGGGCACGGUUAGAUUUGGCAGACAUGCUUCGACGACGUGGUGCUGAGGGCGAUAUAAAUACAGCCACCGUCAUUUUUGAAAAGUUGGUUAAAGGAGUGUCAGAAAGUGAUGACCCGUGGGUCCAGGAUGAACCAGACAGCCCAAAGCUUUUAUCAGUGGCUGAGAAAGCGUUAAGAAUGAUUAGAUCUGGGCAGCAUAUUAAGGCAAGGGAGUUACUUCAAUUCGAGGAGAUGAACUGGAUUUGCCCGAGCGAUCUCUGGCUUUGGUAUACAGAUGCUAUCUUUAUUUAA